AUGGCAUCAACAUCAACAUCAUCAUCAUCAUCGACUAAAAGAGAAUCACCAGAAUCCACAUCGACAACUAAUACUCAUGUUCGAUGUCUUCCAGCACCGCCAACAUAUCGUCUAACGAUUGCUGAUCUAUUUGAUACUUCGACUGGUGGUGGUAAACCACGACUUGAACGUCUUCGUGAACAUCUGUUUGGCGAAGGACGUCUUGAAGAAGAUGCAGCAUUGAUGAUUAUUGAACGUGGUGAAAGUUUAUUACGUUUAGAAAGUACAUUAGUUGAAUUAGAAGCUCCAAUAACUGUAUGUGGAGAUAUACAUGGACAAUUUUAUGAUCUUAUGAAAUUAAUUGAAGUUGGUGGUUCACCAGCUACUACACGAUAUUUAUUCAUGGGUGAUUAUGUUGAUCGAGGAUAUUUUUCAAUUGAAUGUGUUCUUUACUUAUGGGCACUUAAAAUUCAUUAUUCAUCAACAUUUUUUCUUCUUCGUGGUAAUCAUGAAUGUCGACAUUUAACUGAAUAUUUUACAUUUAAAACUGAAUGUAAAAUAAAAUAUACUGAACGAGUUUAUGAUGCAUGUAUGCGUGCAUUUGAUUGUUUACCAUUAGCUGCUCUUAUAGAUAAACAAUUCUUUUGUGUACAUGGUGGACUUUCACCGGAAAUUCAUACAUUAGAUGAUAUAAAAAAAUUAGAUCGUUUUAAAGAACCUCCACCAUAUGGUCCUAUGUGUGAUUUAUUAUGGAGUGAUCCUGUUGAAGAUUAUGGUCAUGAAAAAUCUCAUGAUGAAAAAUUUUUAUUUAAUGCAACACGUGGUUGUUCAUAUUUUUAUACAUUUAAAGCUGUGAAUGAUUUUCUUGCUCGUAAUUCUUUAUUGACUGUUAUACGUGCACAUGAAGCACAAGAUGUUGGUUAUCGUAUGUAUCGUAAAUGUCCACAAAGUGGUUUUCCAUCUUUAAUGACAAUAUUUUCUGCACCAAAUUAUCUUGAUGUUUAUCAAAAUAAAGCAGCUAUACUUAAAUAUGAUACAAAUAUUGUUAAUAUAAGACAAUUUAAUUCUUCACCACAUCCAUAUUGGUUACCAAAUUUUAUGAAUGUAUUUACAUGGUCAUUACCAUUUGUUGGUGAAAAAGUUACUGAAAUGUUAAUAAAUAUAUUAAAUAUCUGUAGUGAAGAAGAACUUAUUAUUGAAUUAUCAAAUGAUCAACAAAAUGAUAAUGAUAAUCAAUUUCGUCGUGAUGCUAUACGUUCAAAAAUACGUGCCGUUGGAAAGAUGGCUAAAGUUUAUGCAUCAUUACGUGAAGCAAGUGAAAAUGUUUUGAAUUUAAAAGGUCUUGCACCUAUGACACCAUCAUCAUCAACAGCAAAUCUUAAUGAACUUGUUGAUGAUGAAGGAGGAGAUAUACCAGAAAAUCGUAAAGUACCAACAGAUUUUUCAUUUUCAACAGCUAAAACAUUUGAUCAAAUCAAUGAACGUAUGCCACCAUGGUCCGAUGCUGAACGUAAACAACGUUUUACAAAUAAAAAUCAAACAAUGAAUGAUAAUUCAAAUCAACAUAAUGUUGAUAGUGAUAAUGAACAAAUAGAAUUAAUAACAAAUGAAAAAGACUCAACACCCCAUACACCUAUUCUUGUUAUACAAAAAGAAGAUGAGAAAAUUCUCAAUGGAAUCGAUAAUAUUUUAACGACAACAUCGCCUGAAUCUUCUCCUUCAAAAUCAAAAUCAAUAGAUUUAUCUCAAACGAAACCUAUUUCAUCAUCAACCGGUGAUCAACAUACUGAUCUUGAACAUAUUGAAAUUAAAUUUGAUAAAACUAAAGCUGAAGAAUGCUCUAAUCAAAAACAUUCCACCCAUAAUUCAACUAGCUCAACAACAGCAACAACAAGUGGUGGUUUUUCACUUAAAAAUCCUGUUAGUUCAUUUCGUUCAUGGGUAUCACAUAAAAAAUCAUCAAAAGAAGAUCCACAUAUAUCAUCAUCAAUGAAUCAUUCAAUGACAACAUAUGGAAAAAUUGAUACAUCACCAACACCACGUAAAUCAUCUCUUAAUUCAAAUACAACAAAACGAAAUCGAACUAAUUCAGCAUCAGCUACAACAACAACAUCUGUAAUUAAUCAUAAUCAACAACAACAACAAAAUCAAAUAAAUUCUCCUUCAACUACAUCAUCAACACGUGUAAAAAAGAAAUCAUCAUUUACAUUACGUAAUACAAAUCCAAUAGCAUUACUUAAACGAACAUCGGAAACAAAUCAUAAUCAAACAGAUACACCAUCAACUGAACAAACAGGUGCCGGAGGAGGAGGUAGUGGAGGAGGUCCGUUUGGUUAUUUAAAAAGUCUUGUACGAGGUGACAGUAGUAGCAGUGAAAGAAAGCAGUAG